AUGGUGAGCAAACAGACAUUCCUUCCCCUGUGUGUCCCUGUUCUUUCUACUCUUGCCUCAGUGGCCCUUUGGGCAGGGCAACCACCCUCACUGCCUGUUGUGGACACCGCGCAGGGCAGAAUCCUGGGGAAAUAUGUCAGCUUAGAAGGUUUUGCACAGCCUGUGGCCGUUUUCCUGGGAGUCCCUUUUGCCAAGCCCCCUCGUGGAUCCUUGAGGUUUGCUCGGCCGCAGCCUGCAGAACCAUGGAUCUUCAUGAAGAAUACUACCUCUUACCCUCCAAUGUGCUCCCAAGACCCAGUGGCGGGGCAAGUGAUCUCAGAGCUCUUUACCAACAGAAAGGAGAACAUUAAUCUCAAGUUUUCUGAAGACUGUCUUUACCUAAAUAUUUACACUCCCGCUGACUUGAGGAAGAGAAGCAGGCUGCCGGUGAUGGUGUGGAUCCGCGGAGGAGGUCUGAUGUUGGGCGGGGCAUCAACCUAUGAUGGGCUGGCCCUCUGCCAUGAAAACUUGGUGGUGGUGACCAUUCAGUACCGCCUGGACAUCUGGGGAUUCUUCAGCACAGGGGAUGAACACAGCCGGGGGAACUGGGGUCACUUGGACCAGUUGGCCGCACUGCACUGGGUCCAGGAGAACAUUGCCAACUUCGGAGGGGAUCCAGGCUCUGUGACCAUCUUUGGAGAGUCAGCAGGAGGGGAAAGUGUCUCUAUUCUGGUGUUAUCUCCCCUGGCCAAGAAUCUCUUCCACCGGGCCAUCUCUGAGAGCGGUGUGGCCCUCACUUCUGUCCUGGUCAAGAAGGACGUGAAGGCCGCAGUUAAGAAAAUUGCUGUGUUUGCUGGGUGUAAAAACACCACCUUGGCUGUCCUCGUUCACUGCCUGUGCCAGAAGACAGAGGACGAGCUCUUGGAAAUAACGCUGAAGAUGAAAUUUUUCCCUCUUGAUUUACAUGGAGACCCCAGAGAGACCAGCAACUUGGAUUUACUUCACUCUUCUUGGAAUACAUGUGAAAAACACCAGAAACGCUCAAAAAUGGGCAUAAUAGAAGGCACCUGUCAGGCUGCAGAUGCCGGAGGCCCCGCUUACAUGUAUGAGUUCCAGUAUCGCCCAAGCUUCUCAUCAGCCAUGAAACCCAAGACGGUGAUAGGGGACCACGGGGAUGAGCUCUUCUCGGUCUUCGGGGCUCCAUUUUUGAAAGAUGGUGCCUCAGAAGAGGAGACCAAUCUCAGCAAGAUGGUGAUGAAAUUUUGGGCCAACUUUGCUCGGAACGGGUGA